AUGAAAGACCAUGCAGAUCAAGAAUUGUUUUCUAGGCUACUUCUUUUAGAUGGGCCUAGUCUUCCUGGAAGAUUAAAAUUUAGGCCUUUACAAAGAAAUGAUUGGCAACGAGAAUUUAACGCUUUAUUAAAUUGUCUUUCUGGAGAAGAAUAUACGUUAAAUAAACAAGAUUUUGAGGCACGGUUUGAUCUUAUUCAAUCUACACUUCCGAAAAGCUACUUUAUUGUUGUUAUUGAGGACAGUGUGACAAAAGAAAUUAUUGCAUGUGGAACUGUAUUUAUAGAAUAUAAAUUUUUAAAAUCUGCAUCCAAAGCUGCUCAUAUUGAAGAUAUUGUUGUUGCGAAAUCUUAUAGAGGGAAAAAUAUUGGGAAAUUGUUAGGAUUAAUUGAAAUGCUUUGUAAAAUUGCAAAAACAGAAAAAUGCUAUAAAAUUGUACUUGAUUGUAAAGAAAAUAAUAUCGAAUUUUAUAAGAAAUGUAAUUUUAAAGCUACAGGUAUUGAAAUGAAGCAGUAUAUUAGUUAA